GAGUUAGCAAAAAGGGUAUGAGUGAAAUGGCUAUGAACUCUUAUAUGCUAGCUUUAGAAGGGUUCUUGCUAGAUGAUCCAGUAGACAGAUCAUUAUUAACAGAGCAAGAAGCUAAUGAUUUGGCUAUGCGAACUAAGGCAGAUCCUAUGACUCUAGUUUAUCGAAACUGUCUCUUUGGUAAUGAAGUAUUCCAUGCUAAGAAUGUAGGUAUCCGAUCAAAAGACCAUAUAUUAUCUUUAGUUGAAUCAGAAAAGAAGGCUCUUUGCUCUAUAGAUACUAAGCGUUGGAUAUUAUCUAAUAAAAUAACUAGUUUUCCAUAUUGGCAUUGGCAUAUACAAGCAUAUAAAAAUUUUAUAUCAAAUAGAAUAUCUCUAAAGUUGGCUGAACAAAGAGCUUUAAGCGUUAAGCUCUCAAAGAAGUAUCAAAAUGAAAGUAUUAUUGAUCUGUAUGCAGAAAUACCUAGUUUUCAUAAAGAUUAUACCUAUCUACUUAAUCAAUUACCACAAUCAUUAAUAAAUGAUGCAUGGAAACGUCUUAUAACUAGAAAAAGAAUCAAGUUAACAAAUAUAGAAGCUAGUUAUAUAAAUUCUGAAAUUGAAUCAUUUUUAAAACGUGAAAUUGAAAGAUAUAAUAGACAAAAGCUACAAAGUUCUAAAGGUAUAUAUAUUCAUAGUAUGGAUAUUGGAGUACAAACAAAAAAUAUUGAUAAAGCAAUUCAAACUGAGAAUAUUGAUUUCUUAAAACAAAUAAAAAAAGCCAAUAAAUUAUUAAAUAACUUAUAA